AUGUCACUUGAAGAGAUUUCUAUUGGAAAUGACUUGAAAGAUUCGUUUAAACCUACAUCUAAAUGGGUAAAUAACGGGAUCAAUUGGAUCAAUGAUAUCGAAGAAUUUUAUCGUGAGAGGGCUACUAUUGAGAAGGAAUAUGCAUCGAGGUUGCUGGAACUAUGCAAGAAACAUUUCGAGAAGAAGGCCAAGAUAUCUACCCUGUUAUCUGUUGGGGACGAACCCCAGAUCACGCCGGGAUCUUUAGAAAGCGCAUCCCUAGUACUUUGGAACGAGGUGUUAACACAGACGGAAGCAAUUGCCGAGGAGAAGGUUCAGUUUAGUAGAGAAAUUAACACGAAACUUGGAGACAACCUUCUGCUGUUAAAGAACAAGACGGGGAGAAUAGCGAAACAGAUAGAAACGAUAGAUGAGUAUUUGGUAUCCGAAAAAACUAAGACGGAAGAAGAGGUGAAUAAAGCUAAGAAGCAUUACGACUCUCUAUGUGAAUCUACGGAGAGUGCAAGGCAGAAAACGGAGAAAUCGUCGAGUGAAAAGUACCAACAAAAGUUGCAGGAGAAGGAAGUUGCUAUGAACAUUGGCAAGAACGAAUAUUUGAUCAAAAUCAAUAUAGCUAAUAGAUUAAAGGAUAAGUAUUUUUAUCAGGAUGUCCCAGAAUUGUUGGAUUACUUCCAAGAACUUAAUGAGAGCCGAGUCGGUUUAUUGAAUAAAUUAUUAAAGAAUGCUUCUAUAAUAGAAAGGAACUCCAAUGAUCGUAUCAAAGAGAAAUUACACGUUAUUGAUUCCACAAUCGAUCAAAAUAACCCAAAGUUGGAUGUGGCGAUGUUUAUUAAGCACAAUAUAUCUGAUUGGAAAGAACCUCAAGAUUUCUAUUUUAUUCCUUGUGCUAUAUGGCACGAUGAUGAAAGUUUAAUAACCAAGGAGCCCGAGCUUACAGAAUUGAAGAGAAGAUUGAAUAUCUGCUCUAAUGAUAUUGGGAAGUUCGAAGAUCUGUGUAUCGAAAGCAAGCAAAGCUUAGAGGAAGUCACGGCAGCACGUAAAGCAGAGUUAUCUAAUUUAACUUUGAAGUUUGACACUAAAUUGAACAAUUCCUUACUGCUUUUGCAAAGGUUCUUGAAAACUGAUAGUGAAAGAAUUAAGAACGAAGUUGAAAUUGAAGUAAUUCAAAAUUUUGCUGGAAAUAAAGAUUUAUCAUAUGUUGAGGUGAGGGAAAAGAAGAAGUCCAAGUUUGGAUUCUUAAGAGGCAAGAAACAACACAACGGAGGUGGAGCAGUUGUUAAUGAUACCAACUCCGAUGCUCACUCGUUGCACACUGUAAAAUCGGGCACUAGUCAAAAGUCCCACGCCGGUCUUUUCAAUAUAAGACGAAACAGAGGACAAUCUAAUGCAUCAUCGGCAUCAGCUGGACCAAGAGGUAAAGCUUUGUACCAGUAUGAUGCUACAGGUGAUGAUGAAGCAUCUAUUGGUCCAGGUGAACAAUUUGAUGUCGUGGAUGAAGAUGACGGUUCAGGGUGGACAAUGAUUCGUACGAAUCAAGGACACGAAGGUCUUGUACCUACUGCGUAUAUAGAAGUUAGUAUGGGAACUCCAGCAGCGGCUAGUAUCAACAGUGGUAGUAAGAAGAAGGGACCCUCAGUUGCUCCAAAACGAGGUGCGAAGAGGGUCCAGUACGUAGAAGCAUUAUACGACUACCAAGCUGACGGCGACGAUGAAUUGACUAUAACUGCUGGGGAUAGGAUUGCAUUAGUUCAAGCUGAUACAGAUGGCAGUGGUUGGACCGAAGGUGAGUUGAAUGGGGUCACCGGUAUGUUCCCAACUAGUUAUGUUAAGGAUGCAUAA